CUAUUCCUAUUGCUAAUGUUUUAAGAAAUAAUUGAUGGUUAAUCGUCGAUUAUGAAAUCAUAAUCGAUAGCAACUGAUUAUUUGAAAAAUCGAUUAUUCGAUUAAUGGUAUCGAUUCCGCACAUCAUUAAUCGCUAUAAAUAAAUGUCAUUUAUUUAAAGUUCAUGAUGUCAGUUUAUGUCUAUCGAUUACGUGAAAAAUAAUUGUGGAUAUUAUAAAAAUACUUCUGUGACAUAAUUUUAAAACUUAAUUGAAGCAAAAGACGUUUUCACAAAGGUAUCAUCAUAUAUAUUUAGUUUUUAACUAAUAAAAGCCGAUGUCUGGACGGAAACCUUCACGCACAUUCCGUCCGCCAUUUUGAUUUUCGCAGUCGAUGAUGAAUGGAUUUGUUCUAGUUGUAUUGUGAUCUUAAGGUAAUUAAUUUAAAAUCAUCAUGUCAGAGAAUAAUUCUAAAGAUCCUCCUAUACAAACAAUGAGCGGUAUGCCACCAAAUCAUAAUCCUUGGAUGUAUGGCAUGUAUCCUCAAUAUAAUAAUUACGGUGGUAUGUACCCACCGUAUUACAAUCACUAUUUUAAUCACAUGGGAAACAAUGGUGGAUUUCCAAACAACAAUUGCAACCAAUUUCAACAAUGUAAAGAAACCAAAAGUGAUUUUAAUUGCCAGCAAUUUCUAAAACCUCCAAUGCCCCCUUUGUUAGGAAUGUCACCUCUCGACACUACUCGCCCUUUCUUCCACCAAUCUCCUAUCAGAUUUAAUCUCAAUGCAAAUAGAAAAACUGCACCCAUUCCGCCAAAUGAAAAUCCCCUUUUAACAAACAAUGGCGGUUCGAAAAAAAAACGGAAGAAGGGUAAUAAAAUGAUAGAUGAUAAUGCCAAUAAUCAUAAUGUAAAUGAUACAAUGCCUCCUUUGCCAGACCAUCCGCCUCCACUUCCGCCAUGUCCACCACCUGAUUUAACUAAACCUCCUCCACCACCUUUAGAUGUCCCGCUGCCUCCUCCCAUAGCCACUGAAGAUAUCCCUGAACCACCAGAGGUGCAGAACAAUGAAAGCACCUCAGAAAAACAACCCAUAAACUUUUUAAAACAACCAGAUUCCUCUGAUAUCCUUAAAUCUUCUUCCCUAAGUCAAACAUCAUCUGGAACAUGGCCAGAGAGCCUAGAAAGAUACAUUAAAAGAUGUUACGAAAAAUGUAAAACUGCAUUUGAUCGUGACCAGAUUGACAUAUGCCUUAAGGGUCGAAUAACAGCUGCAGCAAAUAAAGAUGAAAUUUGGACUAGAAAUUGGGAUGAAGAACCUAUUCCUAGUGUACAUAGUGAACGUCAUAAUCUAUCAGUAAAACCUGUGCGUGGUACAUUAAGCUUAUAUCAAAAAACUGAACCAGAAACGCCAAAAUGUAAAGGUGGUCUUAAUGGACGUAGUUUUAGUGGACAUAAGACAUCACCUCAAAGAAGGCGUAGACAACACUCUAAAAGUAGAUCUAAAUCCAGGAGUCCAUCUAGAAAACGGAUAAGUGCAUCUUCGACUUCUGGUGAUGAAUUUGAAGAAAAGAAAAAUUUCAAAUCUAAGGGUCGCCAGAAAGUCAAGGACAGAUUAUCUUUAGAUCAAAAGAAAUCAGAAAAACAUAAAAAUCAAAAAAAGAAAUCUAAUUAUACUGAUUUUAUCAUUGAAGAUGUUACAGGAAAUGCAGAAAAACUUCAAAAAAGAGCUGAAAGAUUUGCAAAUGGUAGUCAUGUACCCUCCAUAGCAAGUUCCAUACAAGCAGGUAAGAAAUGUGAACCUAGUACAAGGAAACCAAUAAUUCAAGACACCGAAGGAGACUAUGACUUAAAUGAGAUGCAUAUAGUCGGUACAUGUUUAGACAUUGAAAAGUCGUUCCUUAGACUUACAAAAGCUCCAGAGGCUUGUGAAGUCAGACCUGUUGCAGUCUUAAGAAAUUCACUGAAAAAUGUCAAAGAGCGGUGGAUAGAAAAACAAGACUACAGAUAUGCUUGUGACCAAUUAAAAUCAAUAAGGCAGGAUUUAACAGUUCAAGGAAUAAGAGAUAGUUUCACUGUUGAAGUGUAUGAAACUCAUGCAAGAAUAGCAUUGGAGAGAGGAGACCAUGAAGAAUUUAACCAAUGUCAAACACAAUUAAAAAUGUUGUAUGACGAAUUACCUGAUUGUAGAACGAAUACAGCAGAAUUUACUGCUUACCGAAUAUUAUACUAUAUCUUCACAACUAAUACUCUAGAUAUAACAACAAUAUUCCAAUGCCUAUCUAAAGAGGAAAGAGAAAAUGAAUGUAUCAAACAUGCCCUUGAAACCAGAUGUGCUUGGGCUACAGGAAAUUUGCACAAAUUUUUCUUACUUUACAAAACAGCACCGUUAAUGGCUGGCUACCUGAUGGAUUGGUUUGUGGAAAGAGAAAGGAAGCUCUACCUCAAAUACAUCAUAAAGUCCUACAGGCAGUCCGUUCCUGUGGAAUUCAUCGUUCGAGAACUGGCGUUCGAGUCUAAUGUUAAAGCCUUAGAAUUCUUAAAGAAAUUCCCUAUCACAUUUACUGGCGGCGAUCAGAAUCAAAUAGAUUGCAAGGCCAGCUCCCAAAGUGUAGGGGGUAUAUAACAUUUCCUUCUCGAUAAAUGUCGUGUCGUUAUGUCGUAUUCUUGCGUGGUGAUGUAAAGCACUACGUUCGCACAGGGUUCGACAAAGCAGUUGUUCUCCUGGCUUAUGUCAUUCUCAGCAUUAAUUUCCAUCAGCUUACUAGGAUCAAACGGCACAACAAACAAGACAGCAUUCAAAUAAUAGAAGUCAAAAGCUGCAUCAAAGAAGACACCGGGUAAUGAAGAAAGAAGCAUCCAAGUUUAGUGUUUGAAAAGAACAAUAAAUCAAAUAGUGGGAAUAUACAGACUCAAGGACUAAGUAAUGUUUACAAAGUGAACUUUUAAAGUUUUCUCCAUGAAUCUUCUGUAAAUAAUUAUUGUAUGUGUUGUAAAUUUUAUUUCCCGUUAAUGAUUUUUAACUUACAAUUAAACUUAAUUUAAAAGAUGAAAUUGUCAUAUUUAAUAAUAAAACAUCUUUAUUUUUAAAUAU